UCAAUAGCAAAGCUGUAGUGUUCCCAGGGUUGUGCUUCAUUCCCUCUACACCCUAAUGCUUCACCUCACCUUCACCGUACCCUCCUCAGCUCUGCUAUAUCAUUCCUUCUCAUAGUAUUCCAAGUGUCCGACUCAGGCAGGACAGUAGUUAGGACCUAGCCAGGAGAAGGGGGGCUCCCCUUGCCGAAUCAGUAGCAGCUGGUCCUGCUUGCUCUUCUGUUGGAGCUACUUCCAUGGUCUAAACCUGUUCAAACAGCUUCACUACCGUUCCCCUAUUACUCUCAUCAAUCGACUUGGAGCUACACGUGGAUGUGACAAGAGGAGCAGGUUGUAGGACUGUGGUGACAUCAUACCAACUUCAAGGAUGGAGGAUGAAGCAGUUCUGGACAGAGGGGCUUCAUUCCUGAAGCAUGUCUGUGAUGAAGAGGAGGUGGAAGGUCAUCACACUGUCUACAUUGGAGUACAUGUUCCUAAGAGCUAUCGGAGGAGGAGACGUCAUAGACGCAGAACCACCCACAAAGACAAAAAAGAGAAGGAUAAAUCCGAAAAUUAUUCAGAUGUCGAAAAAUCUGAUACAGAAAAUGCCGAUGACCACAGCUCUAACAUCCUUAAACCCCUAAUCUCCCCAGCUGCAGAGCGCAUUCGCUUUAUCUUGGGAGAAGAUGAUGAUGGCCCAGCUCCUCCACAGCUCUUCACUGAGCUUGAUGAACUUUUAUCUGUUGAUGGACAUGAUAUGGAAUGGAAGGAAACAGCCAGAUGGAUAAAGUUUGAAGAAAAAGUGGAGCAGGGUGGAGAAAGGUGGAGUAAGCCCCAUGUUGCCACACUUUCCUUGCACAGCCUGUUUGAACUGAGAACAUGUAUUGAAAAAGGGACAAUACUACUUGACCUAGAAGCCAAUUCACUCCCACAAGUAGUUGAAAAAAUCCUUGAUAACCAGAUUGAGACAGGACUAUUGAAACCAGAGAUGAAGGAAAAGAUCACCUACACUCUUCUCAGGAAGCAUCGACAUCAGACAAAGAAAUCCAACUUGCGUUCCUUGGCUGACAUAGGGAAAACAGUCUCCAGUGCAAGUAGGAUGUUUGUCAACCCGGACAAUGGCAGCCCAACAAUGACACACCGAAACAUGACAUCUUCUAGUCUGAAUGACAUUUCAGAUAAGCCUGACAAAGAUCAACUAAAGAACAAAUUCAUGAAGAAGCUGCCAAGAGAUGCUGAAGCCUCCAAUGUCCUUGUUGGAGAAGUUGACUUCUUGGAGAAUCCAUUCAUUGCAUUUGUCCGACUAAAGGAUGCAGUCAUGUUUGGAGCCCUCACAGAGGUUCCUGUGCCCACAAGAUUCCUAUUUAUUCUACUGGGACCAAAAGGAAAAGCCAAGUCAUAUCAUGAGAUUGGAAGAAGCAUAGCCACCUUAAUGUCUGAUGAGAUAUUCCAUGACAUUGCCUAUAAAGCAAAAGACAGGCAGGACCUGAUUGCUGGAAUAGACGAGUUUCUGGAUGAGGUUAUUGUGCUUCCACCUGGUGAAUGGGACCCCGACAUAAGGAUAGAACCGCCAAAGUCUCUUCCGUCUUCUGACAAGAGGAAAAACAUGUACUCAGGUGGGGAAACUGUACAGAUGAAUGGAGACGCGCCACAUGAUGAUGGUCAUGGCGGUGGAGGACAUGGUGACGCACCAGAGCUUCAGAGGACUGGACGGUUUUGUGGAGGAUUAGUUGAAGACAUCAAAAGAAAAGCACCCUUUUUUGCCAGUGACUUUUAUGAUGCAUUAAGUAUCCAGUCACUUUCAGCCAUGCUUUUCAUUUACUUGGGAACUGUGACCAAUGCAAUUACUUUUGGUGGACUUCUUGGAGAUGCCACUGAUAAUAUGCAGGGUGUACUGGAGAGCUUCCUUGGCACUGCAAUUUCAGGUGGUGUUUUUUGCCUUCUUGCUGGCCAACCACUAACAAUUCUGAGUAGUACGGGCCCCGUCCUUGUGUUUGAGAGGUUGUUAUUCAAUUUCAGCAAAGAUAAUGGCUUUGAUUACUUGGAGUUCCGCUUGUGGAUUGGCCUGUGGUCAGCUUUCUUAUGCCUCAUCCUAGUGGCCACAGAUGCUAGCUCACUUGUCAAGUACUUCACACGUUUUACAGAAGAAGGGUUUGCCUGCCUCAUCAGCUUCAUCUUCAUUUAUGAUGCUUUUAAGAAGAUGAUCGCGUUUGCAGAUUAUUACCCAAUCAACUCACAUUACAAAGUGGGUGAUGUCACCCUGUUUACUUGUGCUUGCCUCCCACCAGAACCAACCAACAGUUCACUAUUUAAUGAGACCACAGAAUUUCCAUUUAAUUUCCUUUCUACCACCUUUGCCACACUUUCAACCACAGAAGAUCCAUUGCAGCAUUACAACGGAACAAUUGAUUGGUCCAGCCUAACGAAGAAAGAAUGUGUGAAAUAUGGUGGCCAACUGGUUGGCAACAACUGCAAAUACAUCCCUGAUAUCACAUUAAUGUCCUUCAUUUUGUUCCUUGGCACGUACACAUGUUCUAUGACUCUGAAAAAAUUCAAAGUCAGCCGCUAUUUCCCAACCACAGCCAGAAAACUCAUCAGUGACUUUGCCAUAAUUUUAUCAAUUUUGAUCUUCUGUGGAAUUGAUGCCCUUGUUGGAGUUGACACACCAAAGCUUAUUGUUCCCAGUGAAUUUAAACCAACAAGUCCUCACAGAGGGUGGUUUGUGCCCCCAUUUGGAGGCAACCCUUGGUGGGUAUACCUGGCAUCAGCUCUCCCAGCUCUUCUUGUCACCAUUUUAAUCUUCAUGGACCAACAGAUUACAGGUGUCAUUGUCAACAGGAAGGAAAACAAGCUUAAGAAAGGAGCAGGGUAUCACUUGGAUCUGUUCUGGGUAGCAGUCCUUAUGAUUGUGUGUUCUUUUAUGGCUCUUCCUUGGUAUGUGGCUGCAACUGUCAUCUCCAUAGCUCACAUCGACAGCUUGAAAAUGGAAACUGAGACAUCCGCUCCUGGAGAGCAACCAAAGUUCUUAGGUGUAAGGGAACAAAGAGUAACUGGAGUUAUGGUGUUCUUACUGACCGGUUUAUCUGUUUUCAUGGCACCAAUACUGAAGUUUAUCCCUAUGCCUGUUCUGUAUGGAGUCUUCUUAUAUAUGGGAGUAGCAUCACUCAAUGGAGUACAGUUCAUGGACCGACUUAAGCUGCUCUUGAUGCCUGCUAAACAUCAGCCAGAUUUCAUUUACUUACGCCAUGUUCCUUUACGAAGGGUGCAUCUAUUCACUUUUAUUCAAAUUCUAUGUCUGGCACUGCUAUGGAUUCUAAAAUCAACAGUUGCUGCUAUUAUAUUCCCAGUUAUGAUUCUGGCUCUUGUAGCAGUUAGGAAAGCCAUGGACUACCUCUUUUCUCAGCAUGAUCUUAGCUUCCUAGAUGAUGUGAUCCCUGAGAAAGACAAGAAGAAGAAAGAGGAUGACAAGAAAAAGAAAAAGAAGAAGGGAAGCAUAGACAGCGACAAUGAAGAUUCUGACAGCCCUUAUUCAGAAAACGUCCCCAGUAUUAAAAUCCCAAUGGACAUCAUGGAACAGGAACCAUUCCUUUCUGAUAGCAAACCUGGUGAGACUGGAGAAAAGCCAUUUACAUUCCUUGAACGACACACAUCAUGCUGAAAGACUUCCAUUUAUUCAGUCGAAUAUGCCAAGCCCACCAAGUACUCCCAUACGACUUGUGCCUCAAAUUAGGAUAGAGCUUGAGCCAGAUGAAGACACUUAUUUCUGGAGAAGCCGGGGAAUGGAGACAACAUUGUGAAAACACAAACCACCUCCUCUAUCUUUUUGGACUUUUUCUAGCCAAAAAUUAAAUCUCCUACUCUCCACUGACUUUGAUGCUUGUUAUGGUAGCAUUCUCUGAAUGGCUUUUGCUAGCUAAAGUGCUUCCACUGUGACCUAUUGUAUACAUCCAGGCUAGCAUACUAACCAGUCAUAUAAUAAAUGUUAUUUCUGCCUUUUUGACUGUAUAUCCCAUUACUAGACAGGAGACGAAUGUCUGGUGAACUUCUGAUAAAUGUCAUGCAGAUUUUUCUGUCUUGGUAAAGCAACUAUGCAAUAUAAUGUAGAAUGAUAGAUGAGUACAUUCUGUACAAUGAAACAACGUCUCCAGAACCAUAGUAUUAACCACAUUAAUUAUGCAUAUUGGUACUUGCCAGAUGAUGUAUUAAUUAUAGAAAAAAAUAUUGCCAUAAGGUAAAAUGCCCCAUUGGUAUGCAUCUUAUAUUUGAACACACUAUGUAUACACUAAAGAGUGUUUAAUAUAUUCUAGCUUAUGUCUUUAAAUUAUGGGGCCUAACCUUCAACUUAUAUAUUGUUAAUUGUUUUUUUAAAAACUUUUUUUAAUGACUGUAAAAAAAAUGAAUCUCUUUUUUUCCUGCAGCAGGAAACAUAUAGUUUUAAGUAGUAGGUCUACCUCUCAUUUGUAGAAACUGGCUUUUCUGUAUGAAUGUCUUGUAUACAAUGUGAUUUAUAUUAUAACACAAAUAUUUGUUCUUUAGAUCUCAAUGAAACCUUAGAAUUUUGUACUUAUUUUAAACUGAUCAAUGAAGUCAUUUCAAAAGUAGAAGACAAUGUUUUUUUAAUGAUGUGAUGAGGGAGGCGGGUUUAACUUAUAAUCCAUUAUUUUAAGUGGUGUGAAGAGUAUUUAUAAGUAUGUAGGCAAUAAUUAAUCAUAGUGACUGGUAACAGGGAUCAAUAAGCAACUAAAGAUGCUAAUUGUUUUACAGAAGAAACAAUUAAUGAUGGUCUUGAAGUAACACUUAAAGCAAAACUCCACAAUUUACGCUUUAUUAUGGCUAUGUGGUCAGCAGGUGAAAAGUCCCAUUUCUUUGUUAUAUAUCUUUGUCUUACUUUUGCUGUUUUGACAUAUUUUCAGUCAUUUUGUAAAAAAAAAUACUUCUGCCUGGAAACCAUCAACAAGUGUGUUUGCAGUGGCUGAGGGAUCUGUUAUCCUGUUUGUGUGUCUAUUCUUAGGUCUAUUUAGUAAAAGUAAGCAUACUGCCAUGGAGGGCAGGUUCCCCUGAAACAUAACAAUACCUGUUUGUCAAAAUCUGGUCCUCUAAUCCUGAGAAAUGCUUUUCAAUUUUUGGAAGUAAAGAUUUUGGAUAACCAUGGGUGAGGCUUCUCCAUUUGGUGCUCUGCCACCCACUACUUACCCUUCUUGCAUGAUUGAUAGUCCCUAAGGUUUGAGAUGCGGUAGUUUUUACAGAGGGGAAGCCUGGUGGAACAAAUAGAUAAGCUCUGCCCACAGUGCACCGAAAACCUUAUUUGCAUAAAACUAAAAGGAUUUCUCAGGAUUAGAGGACUGGACUUUUACGAGUAUGAUAUGAUUAUAUUUCACAGUACUUACAUUAUAUGGCAUUAUGCUUACUUUGAAACUGGUUGAAACAGGGACUUCAGCACUCCCCCUUAAGGGUGCCUUCACACGUGGCAUGGUUUCACACCAUAAAAUAGGUUUACUGCCACUAAAUCAGCAUGUCUUUACUAUAGAAUUGCUACAGAUUUCAUCCUUUGUAAUGCACGUCAUACAAAGUUGGCUUAAGAUUAUGCCACUUGUGAAGGUACCCUAAAGGGAAUUUCCCCUUGCAAUCUUUUAUGAAAAUGAUAGGGGGAUUUAAGACUUCAGUGGGCUUAUAUAGCCUUUUUAGGUAUAUGCCUUUUUUACUUAUAUGUCAUUAUUUUAAUAGCACUGUGGCUUAACUGCUUGUCGAUGCUUUCCAGGUAGCAGAAGAGUAGCAAAGAUAUCCUACAAAGACACUAUUUAAAUUUUCUUUUUUGCAUCCGAGUUGUUGGGGUUUUGCUUUAACACAUUUUUGUAAUUUGUUAAAGUUCAUGAAAUCUAUGUGUGUGAAAUAGAAAAGGACACAAACUGUUCUCUUGUUCAAAGUGCACAAAAAAGUGUAAAGGGGUUCUCUGAGAUUCAUUUAAAAUGAGCAUCAGCAAUGUGUCCUGGAAUAUGAGCAGGACUUAUUGCCUCCACUUGCAGAGCCUCCUGGAGGCUCAGGGGGCAGGGCCUCACUACACUGCUGUGCAACAGAUGGUAAUGAUAUGAUCCUGCCUAUGAUAUGCCAUCAUGGCUGAGCAGCCUGACAGGAAAACUCACCAAUAUGUAGUAUAGGAAGUCUCAGAAUGUAGUGUGUAGUGAGGCCGCAUCCCUUAACCCCCUAGGCUGCUUUAUAAGAAGUGUCAACCAGUUCUGCUCACACUCUAGGACAGAUUGCUGCUGGCAAUUUUAAAUCAUUUAAAGUGGUAUUCCCAUCUCAUCCAUACUUUCAUUUUACUGCCCUUGACAUUCCAUUUCCUAUUUCCCAAGUAAACCUCCAGUUUAGAGACUUUAAUGAUUAUAUUUUAGCUGAUAUAAGACUAUUAUUUGCAUCUCUUCUUUUACCUACCUGCUGCAGGGAAUUAUGGGAUUGUCCUUGCUAUUAGUUCCUUAAUAUGAUCAUUAAAGUGUCUCAAAGCA